GCAGGAGGCACCCAGGCCGGGGGAGGCGGCGGGGUCUCCAGGAGGAGCCUGGGGCCUGAGAAAGAAGGGAACCCGGGAAGGGCACGCGGGUUCGGGAGCCUGGAGGAACCGCAGUCUGCAGAGCGGCCCCUGGGCGGGCGCCCCCUCCUCGGCCCGCCCCGCCCCGCCCCCGCCCCCGCCCCCAGCCCGGGACUGCGGCGCAAGCGCGAACCAAACCCGCUCAGCUCUGCUCAGCUCCAGCUCGGGUCCGCUCCGUGGAGACCGCUGGUAGAUAGGGACCCAUGAUGCUGAGCUGCGGUCAUCCCUGCGCCUGUGGCCAUGGCACCAGCGUGGAGGAAAACAAGUGGUAUGGGGUCCACUCCUAUCUGCACCUCUUCUAUGAGGACUGUGCGGGUACUGCUCUCAGCGAUGACCCCGAAGGGCCACCAGUCCUGUGCCCCCGCCGACCCUGGCCCUCACUGUGCUGGAAGAUCAGCCUGUCCUCAGGGACCCUGCUGCUGCUGCUGGGUGUGGCAGCCCUGACCACUGGCUACGCCGUGCCCCCCAAGCUGGAGAGCAUCAGCGAUGGUAAGUUCCCGUCGCUGGAUCGGCGGGCAGCAGACUACAACCAGGCCCUGGGCACCUGCCGCCUGGCAGGCACCGCACUCUGUGUGGCCGCCGGGAUCCUGCUGGCCAUCUGCCUCUUCUGGGCCAUGACGGGUUGGCUGAGCCAGGACACCAAGGCAGAGCCCUUGGACGCUGAAGCUGACCACCACGUGGAAGUCUUCAGGGAUGACCCAGAGCGGCAGCUGUCGCCCAUCUUCCGUGAGGCCAGUGGCCAGUCGUGGUUCUCGGCGCCCACCAGCCCCUUCGGGCAAUCCUCUGUGCAGACCGUCCAGCCCCAGCGGGACUCUUGAGCUGCCGGCUGGCAGCUCAGGGAGGAGCAGGCCCUUCCGCCUCCACAGGCCCCCAGCUUCUCUCAGCAGGGCCCCUUCUAUCCUGUAGCAUCUGGAGCUCAAAUCCCCACGCUCCUUCCCAGGAGUGGGGUUCCACCUCAUCCAAGAUGCCACCCUUCCUCAAGACCCCCCAAACUUCCCACCUACUCCUCCUUCCCAAGACCCUGCAGGGACAGAAAGCAUUACCCUCAACCUGUGCCCACCCUUCUCUCCCCAUGACCUUGGGCAAGCCCCCUAUCCUUUCAGACCGUCUACACUUGCCUCUGGACUCCGAGGGGUCCAGACCCGAUUCUAGAGUUCGUGACAUUCGUCUUCUCCCAGGAUGUCAGCGCUGCCCUCCCUAGGCUAAGACGGGGGACAGGGAGGGCCGUGCUCAUGGCCGGGAUGCUUCCGAGGGCACCAGGUUGCUGGCUAGGACGCGCCCUGGCGGUGGAGGUGAACACACUGACCUCUCACACCUGCGUCUCGGCAUCAGAGCCCCACAGCGCACCCCAUCCCCGGCAGUUAUCACCCCACUUCACAGAAGCAGAGGCCGAGGAAGGCAGAGGGGUGAUCUGCCAAGGUCCCAGAGCAAGGCGGUCUGCAGCCGGCACGCAGAACCAGCACCUUCAGACUCCUGGGCCAGCUGUGGUUCUGCAGCUGGAGCGUCUCACCUUCCUGGUUCCCAGGGCACUCCUGGGGUGGGGGACAGGUUUGGCCCAGAGAGAUUAGCCAGAGGCCUGAUGGUUCUAGAUGGCUCCAGAAUUACUAUGGACAUGGAUUUAAAUGCCCCUCAAAGUCCAUCCCCCAGACCCCAGUGCCCUCUGACCCUUGCCCUGACCUUGACCUUGAUAGCACAGCCCCUCCCUCCUACAGGUUCCCCAGCCAGAGGCGUCAUCUCCUUUCUCUGCCACUAGGGGGAGCGCUGAGACCGCUGGAGGACGCGCUCAAGGCGCCCUCCCCUCCCCUCCCCCUCAGUUUCCGCGGUCCGGAAGGCUUUGCAGGAGGGUCCCCAGGCCUCAGACCCGCCCUGCACCCCUUCCAUCUCACCUUCCCU